CCAUCCAUACGUACAAUGAAGGCGGCCUUCGACAAUGCUCGAGAUCUCUUCUCCUCGUUUCCUUUAUGCUGCCCGCCAGAUAAUAUGACUGCGCUUCCUUCUGUAACACUGGCUCUGCGCGACAACCUCAUACCGCACCAUGCCAUGACCAUCCGCAGUGUUUAUACUGAGCUUGUGCUCCCCGCCGAAGCCGCAGCGAAGGAAGACCGCAAAGCCCACCUCAUCGCCAUCCGCGUUCUCGGAUACCUCCUACUCUAUCCUCUCAACGAUGUUUGUCGUAGCGUCAUUGCUCAAGAGAUCGCGUCCUGUAACGUUCCGUUCCUUGAAUGCAAAAUGCGGUCCAAUCAUCUUUCAAUCUACAAGCACAAGGAGAGGACUCCUGCUCCAUCGUCACAUUCCUCGAGAUCAUCCUUCGAUAAUCUGCAGGAGAUGAUUCAGGCAGUCUUAGCACAGAGCCCUAGUAAACCCGGUAGCACGAAACAACAGGCUCUCGUCAGAGACAAUUUCCGCUGCAUGGUGACUGGUCGGUUAGACCAGAAAUCUUAUUUCAAAUACUCGUCCGAAAUGGAACGACCGGAGGAGAUAACGGAAACACAAUGUUGCCACAUUUUCCCAAAUAUGCUCGGUAAUAUCGAGACAGGCGAGAAGGCAAACUACGUGGCGGAUAUCUGGACCAUGUUCCGACGAUUUGGUUACCGCGAACUUCAACGAGAGCUUUCGGGAGAUUUAAUUCACCGACUUGGAAACGUUUUGACGCUCAGUGGGAAUCUUCAUAGCAUGAUGGACACGUUGGAACUCUGGUUUGAACCGAUUGAAGGAAUGAAGAACCGCUACCGUGUCCAAAUAAUACAGGAUGCAAACGACCUGUUACAUGCUCCUAAAGAGGUUGAGUUCACCACAUCGCGCGAUAUUCCACUUCCGAACCCGAAAUACCUGAGUAUUCACGCAGCCUGUUGUCGCGUUGCUCAUCUUUCCGGCGCGGCGGAACCCAUUGACGAUAUUCAACGGGACAUUGAAGAACUGCCAGUACUCGCCAAUAACGGAGCGUCUUUGGAUACCCUCACCUACGCUCUUCAACGUCUUGCACCGCCGGUUUAGAUUUACAGCUACCAUCUCUGCCGACUUUAUUUACGCCGUGUAAUCUUCAGUCCGCGACCAAUCAUCUGCAUUUCAUUUGCAGAUGCCCAGAGGCCCGGGACAAUAUUGGAUCUGGUGCAAACAUGGCCGUAACAGUCGCAUUCUAACUAAGCUGGUGACAAGGAAUCCAAAUACUCGUCUUCUACGAAUACAUCAUCGUAUCCAUAUGAUCCGGCUAGCGUUCGAUGCUCACAUUAAUCUACUGUAGCUGAACUCCAGCACUGAGUACUGAAUACCGAGUAUUGAUCCCACACUAGCCGUAAUUACGCCGUUGACCGCUCUCGAAAUAUAUUUAUAUUCGGU